UCGUACACCUGUUGGCUGGUUUUGGUUUCUACACUCUUUCUAACACUGUGGGUAAAGCUGUCAUUCCGCCAAGGCUGUCCCUCCCACACAAGGGCUGGGAGAGGGCCAUGAACUUUGGGGUAAUCCCGGUCGACCGCAAUGCAAUUUCCUUUCCCUUGCAUCCUAUCAGCUGUCCACGCCAGCAAACAGUCCCUGGAGAGGACAGAAUAACAACUGGACAAUAAGAAUAAAAAAUUUUUUUUUUUUUGGACAAAGAAGUUGACUAUAAACUUUCCCGAAAUGUACGGACAACAGAAACAAAUACGGAAAGGGGUAUCGCCCACUCCGGAAACUGCCCGGAAUUCCCGCCCCCCUCUCUUUCGUCAUCAACGCUCAUUUUAAGCCCCCUGUUCUGGACGUGAGUGGAGAACAACUGGGAACAAGGUCACCCCCACAUGCAGACCCGUUAACCCGCUGGCCGUUUGUUGACACCACCAGCAUUGUCAUCGAAGCGUAACGCAAUCACUGAAGUCAAGAGCUAACCGUGUUACCGAGGCCUCCCUGCGCCCCUUUUCAAGGAAAUCUUGCAGGCGUCGUGCUUUGAAGGCCUGACGUACCAACAAUCAAACACCAUUAAGGUUGUUGUGACCUCUCGUGGGAUGCUGAAGUCGUGCCACUAGGAUCCGUCGCUACUUGUGGUCAGUCUUCAAGAACAUUUCUACGAGGAAAUAAUAACCAAUGCUGCUCUUAAGAUGACAUAAGCAGGAUGAAUCAAGAAGACAUUAGCGUGAAAGUGUGUCAGGUUUUGAAGAUGUUUUAGAAAGCAUGCAUGGAACAAAGCAGUGGGUCAUCGCUUGAUGCUUGACCCAGUUAACACCUGCAGGCUAAUGACAUCGGCCAAGGUGUUCACGGCAGCAAAUCUCAUUAAAGACCUUUACACAGAGACGACGGUUUUGGACGAACACAGCUGUCGCUCACAACUCUAAAUAGGGGUCGGCUACUCUGAUGUUCCAGGGUUCAUGGUAGACUCGACUAGUAAUAAUACGUUUACAAGCCGUGUCCAUGUGCACCAGAAAGAAUCAUGGAUUUUCUGAGAUGUUGAGAGGACCCAAAUGAGUACUGUAAAAUUGUUUUGAAACUGUCAUCAGAAACACUGUUUCCGUUUCCAACACAACAAGGCCUCCCAAUGAUGAUAAAUAUUUUCACGAUUAAUGACCAACAAUGACCAAAACUCCUAAUUCCAGUCAGGAAGUGUGGGUCUGACCCACACUUCCUAACUGGAAUUAAGAAGUAGGAAGGAAGGGUUAUUAGGAAGGGCAUUAUACAAACCUAGUACUUUAUCACCAUUGUUCUUACUUUGCCAAGUUGCACUUCAUCGGUCGUGCUCGCCAAUAACAAAAAAACAAAUUAGCGAGCAGCAGACUGCUCUCAGCCCUGUGUGACGGCAGGGUGGUGUCAAGAACUAGGGCUGAUCUCCGCCGCUUGGCACCUAGUCACAGAGGGGCCUCUUGGCUGACCUGCUCCCUAUCCACCGUUCUCACGCUCUCUCUCUCUCUCUCUCUAACUCUCACUCCUAUCUGUGUCCCUCUCUGUCUGUCUCUUUCUGUUUCUCGUUUUCUCUCUCUGUCUCUCUUUAUGUCUCGGUCUUUUAUUUGUCUCUCUUUCUGUCUCAGUCUUUAUUUGUCUCUCUUUCUGUCUCUCUUUCUCUAUCGCUGUCUUUAUGUAUUUUUAGCUCCGUCUCUCUCCAUCUGUUUUUCUCUCUCUCGCUGUCUCUGACCGUUUUCCACUGGUGGGUACGCUUCAGACCCAGCACGCCUCAGCCCAGUUGCGAGGGUGUGGUAUAGCCCAGCUCAGUUACGGCUUGUGUUUCCAUCGCAGACAGUACCCUUAUGGCAGGGCAGGGUUUAAGCCGUAUUGUGAUAGCCGCGCCAGCUACGUAAACAUCUUGACCUCAUAGCAGCCCCACACAGUGUACCCUGAUAAUAAAUCCAAGGAAAGAGAAGAACGUGCACGAUGAACAAAGAGCAACAAUGUAGGACAUCCAAGAAAGGCGGCAAACUUUUGCACGACAUUUCCUUCAAUAAAGGAAUAGGAAUAUAUUAAAUUGAAGGAAUAUAAAUGAAAUGCGCCAUAUCCCUCUAUCUGUCUCUGUUUCUCUCUGUGUCUCUCUCACUUAUCCGCUUUGCCCUAGUUUCACACUUUCAACCAUCUCGACUUCUUAUGGUACAGCGAUGAGGUUCUGUUAUAGUCUAUAAGUGUCCCCGGCUCUCUUGUGAACUUGUACAUGGUGCUGAGCAGUGAAUAGGUGCCAAGAGCAAGGUAGUGGGCUGCUGUCCUGUUUCAAUUCCAUUUGGUACGAUUCAGCUCAUUUCCUAUUCGUUCCCUAAGAAGCUUACUAUCUGUAUACAUUCCAUUUAAGUAUUCCAAUAUUUUUGAUUAUUUUUGUAAUACUAUCUUAAUUCGGCAGUGACUUCAGAUGAGAUUGACCAUUGGUUGUUUGUUUGUGCCCAGUAGUUUGUCAGAACAGCGGUAGUAGACACAGUGCUUUCCUUGAGUUGAAGUGUCCGGUGUGGUCGUGGACCGUGCUGCAUGGGGGGGUGUGGCCCCGGGCUCCGUGAGCGACGUCAUGAAGCCCUUUGGCUCUGCAUGGCAACGCCCUCUUUUUAACUGCACCAAAACACACGGUAUACACAUCCCCUUUUUGGUGUUGGUUCCAGUUUGAUCCAGUUAAAAGAACAGCAGACACCGUCGGUGUUCAAACUCAGUGGAAUUACGCAAAGAUCUGCAUUGCUCCGCUGAGACGGGGCUAUUGAUUGAAGGAGGACACACAAGCAGAGGAAUCAGCCGUGUGUGUGUGUGUGUGUGUGUGUGUGUGUGUGUGUGUGUGUGUGUGUGUGUGUGUGUGUGUGUGUGUGUGUGUGUGUGUGUGUGUGUGUGUGUGUGUGUGUGUGUGUGUGUGAGUGACAGGUGCUGUGGCGCAUUAUGAUUUAAUUUUUUUUACCCUUUGCGAUGACAUCAUCUCCGUAGUAACAGCGGCAUCACUGAGCUCACGCUAGCGAUCCGUCAAGGUGACAGCGGCGGGAAUGACAGGCCUGACUCCCCGGAGCUUGAGCCCCACCCCCACUAGCCCCUGCAGCCCGUGCAGUCCUCUCCACGCGUUCCACUUCUGGAGCUGCCGAACCAGCAACAGGAAGAGCCUGAUAGGAAGUGGGCAGUCAUCAGCCUUACCCCGACCACACUCCCCUCUCUCAUCACUCACAGGGUCGAGCCCUCAAGACAGUCCAAGGAACUUCUCUCCCAGUGCCUCUGCUCACUUUUCCUUCGCCCGAAGUCAUUUCCACAGAGCAGACAGGUCCGACGGCCGCCGCUGGUCCCUGGCCUCCCUGCCCUCGUCGGGCUAUGGAACCAACACCCCCAGCUCCACGGUCUCGUCGUCCUGUUCAUCACAGGAGAAGCUGCACCAGCUGCCCUUCCAGCCCACCCCCGACGAGCUGCACUUCCUGUCCAAGCACUUCUGCACCGAGAGCAUCGGGGGGGCGGACGAGUGCCGCCGCGUCACGCCCAUGCGGCCGCGCUCCCGCAGCCUCAGCCCUGGAAGGUCCCCGUCCUGCUACGACCAUGAGAUCGUAAUGAUGAAUCAUGUGUACAAGGAACGCUUCCCUAAGGCCACGGCCCAGAUGGAAGAGCGCAUCCUGGAGGUCAUCCGCAGCAGCUCCCCGGAGAGCGUGCUCCCCCUGGCGGACGGGGUGCUGGGGUUCGCCCACCACCAGAUCAUAGAGUUGGCCCGGGACUGCCUGGAGAAGAGCCGGCUGGGGCACAUCACCUCCAGCUACUUCUGCGAGCUCACCGACAAGCUGGAGCGGCUCUUCCAGGAGUCCACGGAGCGCUCUGACAGCGAGGAGGUGAACUUCAUCAAAGAGCUGGUGAAGAAGCUCCUCAUCAUCAUCGCCCGGCCUGCUCGACUCCUGGAAUGCCUGGAGUUCGACCCGGAGGAGUUCUACCACCUACUGGAGGCGGCCGAGGGCCACGCCAAGGAGGGCCAGGGCAUCAAGACCGACAUCCCCCGCUACAUCAUCAGCCAGCUGGGCCUCACGCGAGACCCCCUGGAAGAGAUCGCUCAGAUGACGGGCUGCGACAGCGGCAUUGCAGACACGCCGGAGUCCGACGAGUCCCAGUCCCAGAGCAUCAGUGCGGCACUGCGGUCGAGGCGUAAGCCCUGCGAGGUGGACUUUGAGAUGAUGAAGCUGAUCAGCAACGGUGCCUAUGGCGCCGUCUACCUGGUCCGCCACAAGGAGACCAAGCAGCGCUUCGCCAUGAAGAAGAUCAACAAGCAGAACCUGAUCCUGAGGAACCAGAUCCAGCAGGCCUUCGUGGAGCGGGACAUCCUCACCUUCGCCGAGAACCCCUUCGUGGUGUCCAUGUUCUGCUCCUUCCAGACCCGCCGCCACCUCUGCAUGGUGAUGGAGUACGUGGAAGGAGGCGACUGCGCCACGCUGCUGAAGAACAUGGGACCCCUGCCGGUGGACAUGGCAAGGAUGUACUUUGCCGAGACGGUGCUCGCCCUGGAGUACCUUCACAACUACGGCAUCGUGCACCGCGACCUCAAACCAGACAAUCUGCUGGUCACCUCCAUGGGCCACAUCAAGCUGACCGACUUUGGGCUGUCCAAGGUGGGCCUGAUGAACAUGACCACUAACCUGUACGAAGGACACAUCGAGAAGGACGCCAGGGAAUUCUCAGACAAGCAGGUGUGUGGGACCCCAGAGUACAUCGCCCCAGAGGUGAUCCUGAGACAGGGCUAUGGGAAGCCGGUGGACUGGUGGGCCAUGGGCAUCAUCCUGUACGAGUUCUUGGUGGGCUGCGUGCCCUUCUUCGGGGACACCCCCGAGGAGCUCUUCGGACAGGUCAUCAGCGAUGAGAUCAACUGGCCCACUGGAGAGGACACCCCCCCAGCCGACUCCCAGGAACUCAUCACGCUGCUGCUUAGACAGAACCCCAUGGAGAGGAUGGGCACAGGUGGUGCCAGUGAGGUGAAGAAUCACCAGUUCUUCCACCACCUGGACUGGAACAGCCUUCUGAGGCAGAAGGCCGAGUUCAUCCCGCAGCUUGAGUCCGAGGACGACACCAGCUACUUCGACACCCGCUCGGAUCGCUACCACCACCUGGAGACGGAGGAGGAGGAUGCCAAUGAGGAAGACUUCAAUGUCGAGCUCCAGCAGUUCUCCUCCUGUUCCCACAGGUUCUCCAAGGUGUACAGCAGCCUGGACCUAUCCCGGGGCCAGCUGGAGGAGAAGGGCGAGGAGGGGGACGAGGAAGAGGAGGAGGAGAAGAAGAGUGACAGCCCGCUGACCCUGGACUCCCUCAGCUGGACCCCAGACUUCACUGAGAUGCCCUCCCUGUCCCACUCCAUGGACCCCGCGGAGGCCCUGGCCCCGGGCCCCCAGCGCUGCUCCAUCUCGCUGCCCAAGUUCUCCAUCUCGGCGGAGAGUGGGGGGGAGGAGAGCUCGGGGCUGGGGGCGUCCAGCAGCAAGGCCUCCUUCUCCAUCGGGGAGCUGCCCCGGGACGGGCCCGACGCCACCACGCCCGGGAGCAGCCACAGCGGGGCCACGCUCUCUGGGAGUUUCUCGGAGCACUUGGACCCUCGGCCGACCUCAAGAGGGGAGGCGGUGGGCCCCAGCGCAGACCUCUGCACCACCUCCCCCUCCACCACCUCCCUCCAGAAGACGCAGGGCGCCAGCCUGCGCCCCGAGGGUCCGGCCGGCUCUGGGGAGAGGUCCCCGCUCCCCAAGAUCACCAAGUCCCUCUCGGCCAGCGGCCUGUCCCUGCUGAUCCCUGGAGACAUCUUCGGGAUGUCUCCGCUGGCCAGCCCCCUGUCCCCCUACUCCCUGUCCUCGGACCCCUCGUCCCGGGACUCCUCCCCCAGCCGAGACUCCUCUCUCCAGGGGGGGCUGGGCGCUCGCCAGCCCGUCGUCAUCCACAGCCGCGGGAAGAAGUUUGGCUUCACACUGCGGGCCAUCCGGGUGUACGCCUGCGACGGAGACGUCUACACCGUCUACCACAUGGUCUGGAACGUGGAGGACGGUGGGGCUGCUCAGAAGGCCGGCCUGAAGGCUGGAGACCUCAUCACCCAUGUGAACGGAGAGGCCGUCCACGGCCUGGUCCACACAGACGUGGUGGAACUGCUCCUCAAGAGCGGCAGUAAGGUAACCAUCACCACGACACCCUUUGAGAAUACCUCCAUUAAAAUGGGGCCUGCCAGACGCAACAGCUACAAGAGCAAGAUGGUCCGAUGCACCAAGAAACCCAAGAAGGAGAGGACCCAAGAAAGUCGGCGUUCGCUGUUCAGGCGCUUCGCCAUGCAGCCCUCCCCGCUGCUGCACACCAGCCGCAGCUUCUCGUCUCUCAACCACUCUCUAUCCUCCGGUGAGAGUCUCCCGGGGUCUCCCUCGCACAGCCUGUCCCCUCACUCCCCUACUGGGGCCCUCCACCCCAAACCAGAUUUCAACCAAUCAGCUGGUAACUCCUCCCAGAGUAGCUCCCCGAGCUCCAGCGCUCCCAACUCCCCUGCAGGCUCCGGCCACAUCCGGCCCAGCUCCCUUCACGGCCUCGCCCCUAAGAUCACUGGGCAGCGGCUCCGCCAGGGGCGCCGCAAGUCGGCCGGCAGCAUCCCUCUGUCUCCUCUGGCGCGAACGCCGUCGCCCACGCCUCAGCCCACGUCCCCUCAGCGAUCCACCUCUCCCCUCCUGGGGGGGCACCCUGUGGCCAUCUCCAAGUCUAACCAAGCGUACCCCACUAAGAUCCACUCCCCGCCGACUAUCGUGCGCCACAUCGUGCGCCCAAAGAGUGCCGAGCCGCCGCGGUCUCCGCUCCUGAAGCGGGUGCAGUCGGAGGAGAAGCUGUCCCCGUCCUACACGGGGGAUAAGAAACACCUCUGCACCCGUAAGCUCAGCCUGGAGGUGACCCAGGAGGAGGUGCAGGAUGAGGAGUUGAGGUGCGGCGACAGGGAUUACCUUAGCUUGCACAGCGUCGAGGAGACGCCCUGCGAACCCAUGGCCGUCAACCGAGUCCGCCCCGCCGAGCAGGGGUGCCUGAAGAGGGCCGUCGCACGCAAGGUGGGCCGGCAGGAGUCCCUAGAGGAGUUGGACAAAGAUAAGCUCAAGGCCAAGGUGGUGAUGAAGAGACAGGACUGGUCGGAGAGGAGAGAGUCUUUACAAAAGCAGGAUGCCCUGCGAGAGUACGACUCUUCCUCGUCACCUUGUGGAGAUGACUGUGACAAAGGUCCGAGCAGGUCUCAGAGAGGCGCCGACGGUAGCUUUCUAGAACUAAAAGCCGCCAGCACCACCAAAGACGUCCUGUAUAAGAAGCUCAACACGCCGCGCGUCUGCGAGGGAAAUUCAGAUGCGUCCGGUGGUGUAGGUCUUGAGAACGAUGGGGUCCUCCGUUCACCCCUGUGCUCCAUUCACCCAGACUGGCAGCUCUCGUCACGACAGGGUAAGGACAUGCUGAAGCCAGACAGGCUGGACUUCAAAGUGCCCAACAUAGAUUUCACCAGGAAGAGGUUGUCUUUUGAGGAGCGUGAGGACUGCGUGUGUCGACUGUCCCCUGGCAUGCACGAGGGCCUACACUUUGCCACGACCCGGUCCAAAAGUCUUCAGCUGGACUCUGCCAUGUGUCAUGACCACCUGAAGGGUGGACUUGGUCACUCCAACCCUGAAGGCCUGGCCCCUAAGCUCUUCUGUGGACGAGGGGAAAGUGCCGUGGAGAAGCUCCAGCUCAUCUCCUCAUCAGAAGGUCCGCUCAGAAAGACUUCCUCAGAAUACAAACUGGAAGGGCGUCUUGUUUCUUCCCUCAAACCCCUGGAGGGCACCCUGGACAUCGGCUUGCUCUCGGGCCCUAGACUCUCAAAAACCGAGACCUGUCUGUCCAAACUGACGGAGAAUGGAAGUCAAUCUUCAAGUCUCACAAUAUCCUCCCAAAGGCCACUAUCCAGCCCCCAGCUGAAACUACUUGCAGAGAAGCCGAAGAGCCCGCUUGCUUGUGCCAGCAGCCCUGGGCCUGUUUUGUCUCUAGAUAGACCUGCUUUCUCUGUGGAGCAGCCGCCAUGUACAACAACAAGUACCACAAUGUCGGAAUGCAGCGGUUGUGGAGAGCAACCACAGGAAUUAAGCAGUGAAUCUUUGAAGAGUCCUACAUGCAAAGUGGAGGCCGCACUUGUUGGUUGUAAACAAGAGAGCCGAACAGGCACGAAGCCAAGUUCAUCACUGGCCCAUGAACACAGAAGCUCUCGUCACAGCUCACACUUCUCUGCCUGUGGAAAAUCCCCGUCCAUACGAGAGGUCAGCAACGAAGACCAAGAGGACGAAGUUGAACAGCAGAACCUGACAACAUCUACUGGUACAAAAAACACCUCCAAGGUAGAUGACGGACCUCCGACUUUAGCCCAUGCUGUUUUGAAGACACCUCAGCCUCUUAGCCACAAAAAACGACCCACGCCACAGACCUCCACCGUUUCCGUUUGUCAAGGAAGUCUGCAAGAGACCCGUGUGACCGUGCAAUACAUCCUUGAGGAUUCCCAACACCUUUCCCUGCAGCAACUUCUGUUCCAUAGUCCUACUAAAGACAAACAAGAGCAAGAUUCCCUUCAUAAGCUAUCGACCCCUUCCGAAAAAGACGACAAAACCUGUGGCUCAAAGUCCCAGGAGGAGCCCAGCAAUUUGUCAGCAGUGAGCAAAGAGAAUUUACAGAGGCAAAGGCAACCACUAGAAGUGGGUAGGCCUACAACUAGCACACUUAUAGCCCCAGUGGAAAGGAUUACAUCUCCCGAAGAGGCACACUCACGUCCUGCGUUAAGUGAGGUGGUUUUUAAAGGUGCAGUCAACUCCUUGGCAUCACUUACUGAACUCACAAAAUCCACGCCGAUCACUGAUCAAAAGAAGGGGGCCUUUGUCCAGCCAAGCACAUCAAGUGCAGUAGGGGUUGGCAAAGGUAAGCAGAACAAAGAUCCUCCAACAACACCAAAGGGUAUGAGGAGUUCUGAUGGGGAGAAGGUAGCUCCUGAGAGGACACCGUCCUCAAAAGCUGCCCUGGUAAAUACACCUACCAAAGCACCCGAGGAAAGCACCCCUCUGAAAAAACAAAAGGCUGAGGUAGACUGCAAGGAAACAUACAUAUCCACUACAGGGAAACAAAGACAACCAACAGACGUUGCAACAGGAGAUGAAAAGGUUCUGUGCCGGAGAGGUAAGCAAGGAGCUGACCGUCUUCCCCUGGCUCAGACCGUCCAGAAGGUGGAGAGGGAGAAAAAGACAUCCGAGAGGGAUGGUAUCAACACUAGCAGCUCCAAGGGCUGUCCGGAAACCCCACACUCUGUUUCCCCGACUAAUGCGAGCAAUGCUUCUAAGAAGGAAACCUCCCGGCUGUCAACAGGACCUUCCGCGGAUUCGAGAAACAAAGAUGUGGUCCGACAAACCGCCGGUAUGAACGGAAGAACGUCUUCUGUUGUCACAAAAACAAGCACGUAUACGAAAUUACAAGAAAGCCCGCCCAAAAGUGUUCCGAUAACCUCUGGUCAUAACGUUAAAGAAAACACAGACUCAAAGCAAAAAAGCCCUCCUCCUUCAAAACCUGGAAACUCCUCCUUCCCCAUGAAGACCCCUGUAGGUCCCAUCACAAAACAAACCACCACGACCAUGAAACAAACCACCACGACCACAACGACUACCACCACCAAACAAGGCCAAGAAGCCAGGCGUAAAGACACCUCAAUCAGACCUCCAGUUACGGUCUGCAAAGAUAAGGACGCAAGCUUAAAGGACAUCAGGCCUGCUCUUUCUGUGCCACAAAAGAUUCCACAGCAUCUCAAGGAGGAUCUCAUGCCUCAGCCAAACAUCCCCCCGUCCCCCACUCCUCCACAACCAGCACCAGCACCACUAUCACCUCAAGGGCCUGCGUCAAAGAAAGAGACGCCAAACGGUGGGGUCUGCUCGGGCAGGGUUUGCCGCGAUCCGGAGCCUGAGCAAAAGGCCUCAAAGGAGGGUCCAGGAACGAGUGGGCUCAAAGCGGACGCUCACAAGGAGCGGCAGGGUACAGAUGUCCUGGGGUUCAGGCCCGCUGCAGCGCUGGACUCCAGGGCCACACCCUCUGAUAAACUGACGUCCUCUCAUCACCGCAAGGAACAGGCGGAGCGGAAGAAGAAGGAGAUGGGUCAGGAGGGUGUGGCUGCGCAGAGGAAAGAAGCGUCCAGGGGGGGGGCGGUUGUCGUGGAAGAGAGUGGUUCGGGGGCUGAUAAAGACACUGGUAGGUGCAAGCAGCGAAAAGACUCACCGAGGAAGAAGUGAAUCGUUACUUGGCAGCACAUCAUGCAGAAUUUUGGUGAGGAACAAAAAAAAGGUUUCAAAUAUUUUGCCACUACAUUAUCAUGCCUUUUAUUCUUGUUUUGAAGACCGGAGAAGCUGUUGCUGUGUGUGUGAGUGGGUUUGUAUGUGUGUGUGUGUCAGUGUGUGUGUCAUUGUGUGCGCGUGUGUGUGAUUCAACAUGAGCACAACAACUGCAUUGCUCAGAAAGUGUGUACUUGAUACGAAAACCUAUGAAAACACUGAAAAUGUCCAUAAGACUGAAUGUAGGCAAUGGAUUGCUAACACAUUUUUGGAAGAAAUUAGUAAAAAAAACAAAUGUGUUCAGUCAAUGUUUUGAGAUGUAUUAUUUUUGAUAGCCGAAUGCAUUGUGCAAUCCGCAAGUCAGGGACGACAGGGGAGUUGGAUGAAGCUCGUACUGUAAGAUCAGUGCCAUAUUUGAUUUUUGAAUUGCAUUCUUAUGUCACAGCUCUGGGCACCUGAAAGGUGAUGGGACACUGAUAAGGCACUACAAUAACCAGUCAGAACCGACUCCACUAUUAUCACUCGAGAAAUGUACUCAGUAUAUCAGUGUUUAUUUUUAGAGUUCCUAGUCGGACAGUUGGCAGUUAGUUUCGAGUCGUUCGUACUCAAAAAAGAAAAUGCACUAUGUCCCGUCCUUCUGCGUGGAACGCUUAAAAAACAGCCCUCUUUUUUGUUUCUAGAAACAGCGGUUUGUGACAAGGGCGUACAGACGUUAAAACGGUGGCGUUCUCAACAGGUUGAGCGCUAGCUACAUUCCACUCACCCACACGUGUACAUGUAAAGAAAGGGAUUGAUUUUUAUGCAAUAUGUUGUAAAUAUACAGUAAGAACCGGGACGUGGGUGUUUCUAUUAUGAUGUGUAGAUAUUUGCGAUCACAUGUUGGUGUUCUAACUUAAGCUAGCGUAACGCGUAUCCCGUCCGUAAGACAUCCUCACGUAGAACUUGUUUUAAAAAAUUUUACUUGAAAAGUGAGGAAAUGUGGCGCGGUCGGGCAUCUGGGCUUUUCUUAACGUAGCAUAAAUUAGCAAAACUGUGAGGGUCGCGUUAACGAAGAAUGUUUUAUUAAUGAUGCCAUAAUGUUGGUGAACUGACUUACUGUGUUUCUAGGGAGCGGUCUGUGUUUGUGUGUGGUGUAGAAAAACGUCACACGAGGUGUGAAGCAAAGCUGAACAAACACAGAGACACACUGGGCAGAGUAGCUUUGCAAGGAGAACCUGCCAUACUUUGAAGUGUUCAGGGUGGCUCCCUACGACUGGGUGUUUAUGUGCGAGCACGUUUGGGUGUGGUGUGUUGGAAAUCACGGUAAAGUAGACACGGACACAGAGUCCAGUUUGCAUAAGAUUAACGUUUGGAGCUGCGGUUUAAUAAAAAUGGAUUCUGGAUUGAUUUAGUGUUUCUAAUAAAAAGUAUAUCACUGUGCAACAGUUGGCUUACAGCUUCAUCUAGGCAAAUAUUAGAAACGAACAUAGACGGUGUAUAGUAAAAGGCCAUCUUACUUUCAUGAUGCUUGGUACUAUACCGAGGGGGGUGCAGUCACAUCUCCCGCGCUCAGCUCUUUCAACACUCAGUCACAUGCACACAUCCGAUACACGGUAGAUGCCUUUAAAUUACCAACCCUAAAUGUCCCCCAGAAGGUAGCCUAGUUCUCUAUGUUAUGCAGUAUUUGCUCUGUUGUGCUGGCUAUAUAAAACCAAUAGUUUUGUCUACCUUUAUGUCGGUGAUGAGAAAGAUGACCUUAUCCUUGACGAAUAAAUAUAGAGUUUAUGUAAAGGACUAUAUAACCACUAAUGCAAACUCAAACCACACAAAACGUGUCCUUGGAGAGGAGCGGUUUGUCGGAAUCGAACAUUGACUCGGGUAAGGUAUCGUAGACGUAUACUAAUGUCUUCUGGGAGAACACAUGCACCUUAAUGUUAUUAAUGGUAUUCCCCCGGUAGUCUUAGAGGGGAACGUCAUGAGAGGAGGUUUGAGAAAUCUGAUCACAGGUUCCUCUGUCAAAACAAUUUCACUCACUUUCGAAACCCUAAUGAAUUCAAAUUGAUUCAAAAGUUAGUUUUUAAUGCAAUCUCCCUUCCCCAGCCAUCACCGUUCUCUCUCUCAAAUUAGACUUUCGAAAUCCUCAAAGCACAUUCAAUGUUUGUUUACAAAAGAGUCAUAUAUGUAUAUUUUGUAUAUUGUUCAUUUGCCAAAUCUAUGUUCCGUGUCACAGAGAAAUGUGCCGUUUCUGAUAGUCUGUAACUUUCUGUUGUGCUAUUUACCAAGACCAUUUAUUCGUGUGGAAGUUUGAUUUCUGUCAGGUUGUUCUUUUGACGCGUUUGUCCUUUUGCUUUGUAUUUGUUUUGUUAUCUUGUUUUCUGUGAUGAUAAAGUAUUAGAUGAAAUUGCUUAAUGUGUUUCUUUUCUUUAGGAUCUGUGCAAUAAAGUGUUUGAGUUUUGUAUUUUGCCCAAGGAAAGCUCUAUGGAUGUCAUAGAUGUUGUAUAGUAAAAAAACGAUAUUUAUACUUCUAAUGUUGCGUAAUACUGCAAAUAAAUUGCAAUGAUCAAUAAUGAA